AUGCCACCUGAGUCUACUAUUACUGCUAUUGCUUUUGAGAUAGAAUGCGUUUUCUCUGAGUGGAUGAUAUUAGCAAGGAAUGCCAAACAAACAAAAGAAAAAGGAUUAGCUUUACUUUUAUAUUAUUAUCAUUAUAAUAAAACAAAAUCAGUCAAAAUAGGUAAUAAGAGGAAAGAAAAUGAAGAAGUACUCAAGUUGGAGGAGGAGGAAGAUGGAGAAGAGAGAAGAAGGUCUUCUGCUUCAUCAUCUUCGUCUUCGUCUUCGUCGUUGUUGUUGUCAUCAACAACGUUGAUAACAUCAUCAUCAUCACCAUCAUCACCGCCGCCGUCGUAUUCGAAGAAAGGCGUAAAUGGGUUUGAUGGGGUGUCGAUUUUAGAGUCGGCAGAGCUUCAAUAUGCCCCAACAGGGGUGGUGGGGUCGACGGAUGAUGAGGAUGGAGAUGGAGAUAAUAAAGACUACCCUGCCAUUACCAACUUCCAUGAUGCUAAGACUAUUUUCAUUGUUGAAUCCUCCAAGCUUUGGACCAUUGCAUGCCCUAUAGCCUUCAAUAUAUGGUGUAAUUAUGGCAUUAAUUCCUUUACCAAUAUUUUCGUUGGACAUCUUGGCGAUGUGGAGCUCUCUGCUGUUGCCAUUUCUCUCUCUGUUAUUGCCAAUUUCUCUUUUGGCUUCUUGCUUGGCAUGGGGAGUGCUUUAGAGACCUUAUGUGGGCAAGCAUUUGGAGCUGGGCAAGUAGACAUGUUAGGAGUUUACAUGCAACGUUCAUGGAUAAUCUUGUUCACCGCUUGCUUUUUUCUACUACCACUUUACAUAUUCUCUACCCCAAUCCUCAAACUACUAGGCCAAGAGGAUCAAAUUGCAGAGCUUGCUGGGAAAUUCACAAUACAAAUUAUUCCUCAGAUGUUUUCACUUGCUAUCAAUUUUCCCACUCAGAAGUUUUUGCAGGCUCAGAGCAAAGUGACAAUUCUGGCAUGGGUUGGUUUUGGGGCUCUGAUCAUGCACACUGGUAUUUUGUAUCUUUUCAUCAAGGUCUUUGACUGGGGUACCACCGGGGCCGCGGCAGCCUAUGAUAUCUCAGCUUGGGCUGUGGCUAUAGCUCAGGUGGUUUACAUUGUGGGUGGGUGCCAGGAUGGUUGGAAGGGCUUGUCAUGGUUGGCUUUCAAGGAUAUGUGGGCAUUUGUUAAGUUAUCUGUGGCUUCAGCUGUGAUGCUUUGUUUAGAGAUUUGGUAUUUCAUGACCAUAAUUGUUCUUACUGGACACCUUGAGGAUCCUAUCAUUGCAGUUGGUUCUCUUUCAAUAUGCAUGAACAUAAAUGGGUGGGAAGGCAUGUUGUUCAUUGGGGUCAAUGCAGCUAUAAGUGUUCGAGUCUCAAAUGAGCUUGGAUCAGGGCAUCCAAGGGCAGCAAAGUACACAGUGAUUGUGACAUGCGUUGAGGCACUCUGCAUUGGAAUAUUAUGUGCAAUGCUCAUCUUGCUUACCAAAGACCAUUUUGCUAUAAUCUUUACUGACAGCAAAGAAAUGCAAGAAGCAGUCUCUCGUUUGGCUUUUCUUCUUGGUAUAACCAUGGUCCUUAAUAGUGUUCAGCCAGUUAUUUCAGGUGUUGCUGUAGGAGGAGGUUGGCAAGCUUUGGUGGCUUAUAUAAACUUGUUUUGUUAUUAUCUAAUUGGUUUACCACUUGGGUUUUUUCUUGGUUAUAGGACCAAUUUAAAAGUGGAGGGAAUCUGGAUAGGCAUGAUUUGUGGGACAUUCUUGCAGACUUUGAUACUUGUAUAUAUCAUUUACAAGACCAAUUGGACCAAAGAGGUAGAACAAGCAUCUGAAAGACUUCGGGGCUGGACAGCGCAGGAAAAUGGCUCUGACAUAAUAAAAGUGUAAUAUGUUAAAAGUUUCGUUUUUGACUGUAAAUUAAUAUUAUGUAAAUUAAUUAUUUUUCAUUCCUUCAAUAAUUUCUUUAUUUUUUUGUACAUUGAUAUAAUGAAUUUUUUGAGCACGGCCGUGUAGUUUGAAAAUUGUAUUUAGAGGUAUUGGAAAUUGGAUCUACUUUAAUUAAUGAGCAAUAAUUCUGGCCAGAAUUAUAGU